GUCUGUACAAGAAAAAGAAAAAAAGAGAGAAAAACCAAUCAAUCAGAAAUGUUUGUGAUAGCCUUUCGAAAUUGGUCUACCAAAAGGAACAGCCAGUUAAAACUAUAGGCUCCAAGAUCAUAAUCUUGUGGGGUUUUAUUAAAAACGUUAAUGUGAUCUGAAGGUACUGGGAAGUCAAGCGAAGGGUCUUUCUGAGAAGCUCCAAAAAAAGAAAACUCAGCGUGGUACAGUAGGGCUGUUGUUUUGUUUUGUUUUCCUGGCUGGCCAAAUCUUUCAGCAUGGGGCAUAGUUUUAUUUUUGUUUUCUCAGCAGACAGAUAUACUGGAACACUUCAAUUUUCUGCCUCCCAUUCUGCAGUGUUUAGUUCAGAUGAUGAAAAGCUGACAUAUUUGAAUUGGGCAUCAAGAACCUAAAUAGUACAAUGAAAACUAAAACAUCUGGGAUUUUCAUAUAAAUUGGAUAAAGCUAUAAGAUCACCUCUUUCUCUGGCCCAGAGGGGGUAAAAGAAACCCAGAACAUUCCAAAAAUCUUUUUGUGUGUACAUACUUAGAAAACCACCUCUUCUGAAAUUUUCCUGUAUGACCACGGUGACAAAAUUAAUUUGAAUGCAUAAUCCAUAGAAGAGGAACUAGAAUAUUGUUUUUACUAUAGUACAGGGAACAAGGCAACUGUAUUUACUAUAAUGGGGUCACCAGUUGCAAUCUUGUGUAACAGAUUAUUGAGAGAGAUACAAGAUAGCCAGACGGUCAAAAAAAUGAAUUAGAAUAUGUUAGUUUGUGAUGUGAGUGUAUGUGUGUACAUCUUAUUACGACUUAAAAUAUUCCCUUUGGUAGUUAAAGAUUCGAACUAGACCUCAUGUUUUAUCCCUUUUUUUUUUUUUCAUAUAAAACUGUUUCAUUGGAAUUCUGUUCAGAAGACAGAUGGAUUUAAUGUUAAGAACUAUUAUAAUGUAGUGACACCUGCUUUUGAAAUAAAUCAAAAUAGGUAUCAGAAUUUUUUUUUUUUUGGUGUUCAUAAACAUCAGGAAAUUAAAUUAGUUGACUCUACAGUGAGAUCAAAUGUCAGCUUAUUAAAAUGUUGUGAAAAUCUAAGCUAAAAUAUGGGCAGCUUUUUUAACACAGUCUCUUUCUUAGAAGCAAGCAGGCACUUAUUUUUAAGUGUCUGUAUUUUCCUUCCAGUUAGCACAACCCUAAAUAUAAAAAUGUUCAGGUCGAAAAACUUGAAAAUUCUCAAGUGAGUCUUGAAGCAGCACAAGUGCAGAAUUGGAGCACAGGAAAGUAAUAAUCAGCUAAAUCCUGUAAAGUAACCUUUUUAAAAUUUUCUCUAUAUUAUGAGAAUAUCAGAUGUUUGCAAGUUAUAAAGAAUUAAAAAUGCCCUUUAAUCGUGAGCACAGAUGUGCUAAAUAUUUGAAGCAACUACAUUGUAAUGUGUACAAUUGAUGAAGUCAGUUUUCUGAUUUCCCUUGCUAGUUAUUUAGUUCUGAAUCUGUCAUUAUUUGUCUAAGCCCAGCUGACCAAGCAAAACUGUGUUUUAAAGUGGCUUUAUGUUUUGAUAAAUGUGAGCUGGUUGAAAAGUAUUUUCCACUGAAUGCAGAGCUUAAUAGAACAUGCUGACAUAAUAGUUUUAAUGCAUUUUGUUGAAAAUGUGUGAACAAACAGAAUAGCUUUUGUUCCUUCAUAAUUGGCUGUAAAAGUAGAUGGAAACAUAACCAUUACAUAUGGAAAUGUGCAAAGAGAAAGAAAUAACAUUUCGGUUGAAUAUAUUAGGAACUGCAUUUCCUAGUUUAAAAUAAGCAUCUGAAAUGGAUGCAUCAUUUAAAAUUGGUUGUCAAAAUAAGAAGCUUUAAACAGAAUUUUUGUCACAUUAUUUUCGUCCCCAGUUAAGAAACAUAACUUUAGCGAAUUUCGUUUAAUAUUUUGUUUACAUUAUUUUUAAGUAAAGCGAGAGACAGAGCUUAAAACAGCACCUUGAAUGUGCAGAGGAAUCCUGUGCCAAUUAGGAUGAUUAAACAUUAAAUUAAAACUGAAUCAUUAUUGGUAUUUUCUGCUCCAACCGAGAUUUGUUUGGUAUUGUUAAUGCAUUUUGCACUAUACCCUUACGGAGAUUAAAAGAUGGGUAUUAGGGAAGCUAGCUUGUUAAGUAUAACUUAGCUACUCAAAUAACCCUCCCAGUGAAUAAAGUGUGCAUACAUUUGGCAUACUUUACCAGGGUUUCUAAUCAUCUGCGGCAUCACUCAAGGCAAACAGAGUUAAGGAAUUUUUAGAAGUUAGUAUUUGGGUAUUAAUUAUAUUUUCUGGAAUGUAAAACUACUCAAGCUUUUUUGUUUUUGUGUGUGUGUGUGUGUUUUAUAUUUACUGCAAAGAGGCAAAUGGCUGACUCUUUUGACUCAAUUCUAAGUUUACUGAAAAAAGCGGCAUUUUGAUUUUGCAUUUAUUCAUAUUUGCUAUUAGUUUUUUUUUUCCCUGCAAGUUUUCUGGGAGAUUCAAUUUGGAAGUCAUGGAAACUAACUAUUAUCUGAUUCAGUUCUGCAGAAAAGCAUGCAGGGAGGUAAUCCUUGAAUUAAACAGUUUUUUUUUUUUUCACAGCCUACGGAGAUGACCACACACCAUUUGUACAACAGAAGUUGGUGUUCCCCAUGCUGGGCAAACAAUGGGACGCCAUCCUGUCUUUGAAUAGGAUGUUAGCUUGGAGUUGGAGAUUUUUAUGUUUAAUUUACAAAUGGAUCUUAGUGAGAAGAAAUCUGAGCAACCAGUGGAAACAAACAUGAAAUAAAGGGAUUUUAUAAUGAAAGGAGACACAGAGAAGGGCCAACCCAACCGCACCACUAAGAGCAAGGAUGCUCACGUCUGCGGCCGGUGCUGCGCCGAGUUCUUCGAAUUGUCAGAUCUUCUGCUCCACAAGAAGAACUGUACUAAAAAUCAAUUAGUUCUCAUCGUAAAUGAAAGUCCAGCCUCCCCACCUGAAACCUUCUCAAGCCCCAGCCCCCCUCCCGAUCAUCCCCAGGAACAAAUGAAUGACACGUCUAACAAAACAGAGCAAGCAGAGUGCAGCGACCUGGCGGAAGCCCAGGCACCGGACAGGGACGAGUCCAUGGAGGUGGAGGCCCCGGCAGCCCCCAAAGGCACCAGUGGGCCCCUGAGCGGGGGUGGCGACAGCAGCGCCCCACCUAGCUGCAGCAGCAGCAGCUCCGGCGCAGGUACCUCAGCGAUCACAACCUCUCUACCUCAACUCGGGGACCUGACAACACUGGGCAACUUCUCCGUGAUCAACAGCAACGUCAUCAUCGAGAACCUCCAGAGCACCAAGGUGGCAGUGGCCCAGUUCUCCCAGGAAGCGAGGUGCAGUGGGGCCUCGGGGGGCAAGCUGGCCGUCCCGGCCCUGAUGGAGCAGCUCUUAGCUCUGCAGCAGCAGCAGAUCCACCAGCUGCAGCUGAUCGAGCAGAUUCGUCACCAAAUAUUGCUGCUGGCUUCUCAGAACGCAGACCUGCCAACCUCUUCCAGCCCUUCUCCAGGUACUUUACGAACAUCUGCCAACCCCUUGUCCACCCUCAGUUCCCAUUUAUCUCAGCAGCUGGCUGCGGCAGCUGGGUUAGCACAGAGCCUCGCGAGCCAAUCUGCCAGCAUCAGCGGUGUGAAACAGCUCCCCCCCAUCCAGCUACCUCAGAGCAGUUCCGGCAACACCAUCGCCCCCCCACACAGCGGCUCUUCCCCCAACGUUCACAUACUGGCGGCGGCAGUUCCCACCCCAUCCUCGGAAAAAGUGGCUUCGAGCGCGGGCGCCUCCCACACCAGCAACCCCGCGGCCUCUGCCUCAUCCUCACCAGCUUUUGCAAUAAGCAGUCUGUUGAGUCCUGCAUCUAAUCCACUUCUACCUCAGCCGGCCCCCGCUAACUCGGUUUUCCCCAGCCCUUUGCCCAACAUUGGAACGACAGCGGAGGAUUUAAACCCCUUGUCCGCCUUGGCCCAGCAAAGAAAAAGCAAGCCACCAAAUGUCACCGCCUUCGAAGCCAAGAGUGCUUCGGACGAGGCGUUCUUCAAACACAAGUGCAGGUUCUGUGCAAAGGUCUUCGGAAGCGACAGUGCCUUGCAGAUCCACCUUCGUUCCCACACCGGAGAGAGGCCAUUCAAGUGCAACAUCUGCGGGAACAGGUUCUCCACCAAGGGGAACCUCAAAGUCCACUUUCAGCGCCACAAAGAGAAGUACCCUCAUAUCCAGAUGAACCCCUACCCCGUGCCUGAGCAUUUGGACAACAUACCCACCAGUACCGGCAUCCCCUACGGCAUGUCCAUCCCUCCAGAAAAGCCGGUCACCAGCUGGCUAGACACCAAACCCGUCCUGCCCACCCUGACCACUUCUGUCGGCCUGCCGUUGCCCCCCACCCUCCCGAACCUCACCCCCUUCAUCAAGACCGAAGAGCCAGCCCCCAUCCCCAUCAGCCAUUCUGCCGCCAGCCCCCCGGGCUCCGUCACAAGCGACUCCGGGGCCCCCGAGCCGGCCGUGAGAAACCCAGGUGGGCUCCCGGAGGAAGCGGAAGGCCCCACUGCGCCCCCUUCCGGCGGCAAAAGCGAAGAGAGCGGUAUGGUCCCCAGCUCGGCCCCAGCCCUGAACGCCGGCGUGCUGAGCUCCCUAGCGUCUGACGGCGGUCCGGGCAGCGCCUCGACUUUCACCAACCCUCUGUUGCCGCUCAUGUCGGAGCAGUUCAAGGCGAAGUUUCCUUUUGGGGGACUCUUGGACUCAGCCCAGGCCUCAGAGACAUCUAAGCUUCAGCAACUGGUCGAAAACAUUGACAAGAAGGCCACUGACCCCAAUGAGUGCAUCAUCUGCCACCGGGUCCUCAGCUGUCAGAGCGCCUUGAAGAUGCACUACCGCACCCACACCGGGGAGAGGCCCUUCAAGUGUAAGAUCUGCGGCCGGGCUUUCACCACGAAAGGGAACCUGAAGACCCACUAUAGCGUCCAUCGAGCUAUGCCCCCGCUCAGAGUCCAGCAUUCCUGCCCCAUCUGCCAGAAGAAGUUCACGAACGCCGUGGUCCUACAGCAGCACAUCCGAAUGCACAUGGGGGGCCAGAUCCCCAACACCCCGGUCCCUGACAGCUACCCCGAGUCCAUGGAGUCCGACACGGGCUCCUUUGAUGAGAAAAAUUUUGAUGACCUAGACACCUUCUCCGAUGAAAACAUGGAAGACUGUCCCGAGGGCAGCAUCCCAGACACGCCCAAGUCCGCAGACGCGUCCCAAGACAGCCUGUCUUCCUCGCCUUUGCCUCUAGAGAUGUCGAGCAUCGCCGCUUUGGAAAAUCAGAUGAAGAUGAUCAACGCCGGCCUGGCAGAGCAGCUGCAGGCCAGCCUGAAGUCAGUGGAGAAUGGGUCAGUCGAGGGGGACGUCCUGACCAACGAUUCGUCCUCAGUGGGUGGGGACAUGGAGAGCCAAAGUGCAGGCAGCCCGGCCAUCUCAGAGUCUACCUCCUCCAUGCAGGCUCUGUCCCCAUCCAACAGCACCCAGGAAUUCCACAAGUCACCCAGCGCCGAGGAGAAGCCGCAGAGAGCAGGGGCAAGUGAGUUUGCAAACGGUUUGUCUCCCGCCCCAGUGAAUGGUGGGGCUCUGGAUUUGACAUCUAGUCACACAGAGAAAAUCAUCAAAGAAGAUUCUUUGGGAAUCCUCUUUCCUUUCAGAGACCGGGGUAAAUUUAAAAACACUGCUUGCGACAUUUGUGGCAAAACCUUUGCUUGUCAGAGUGCCUUGGACAUUCACUACAGAAGUCAUACCAAAGAGAGACCAUUUAUUUGCACAGUCUGCAAUCGUGGCUUUUCCACCAAGGGUAAUUUGAAGCAACACAUGUUGACACAUCAGAUGCGGGAUCUACCAUCACAGCUCUUUGAGCCCAGUUCCAACCUUGGCCCCAAUCAGAACUCGGCGGUGAUUCCCGCCAACUCGUUGGCAUCUCUCAUCAAGACAGAGGUCAACGGCUUCAUGCAUGUGACUCCUCAGGACAGUAAGGACACCCCCGCCAGUCACGUCCCUUCUGGGCCUCUGUCAUCCUCUGCCACGUCCCCAGUUCUGCUCCCAGCUCUGCCCAGGAGAACCCCCAAACAGCACUACUGCAACACGUGUGGUAAGACCUUCUCCUCGUCGAGUGCCCUGCAGAUUCACGAGAGAACUCACACUGGAGAGAAACCCUUUGCUUGCACUAUUUGUGGAAGAGCUUUCACAACAAAAGGCAAUCUUAAGGUACACAUGGGCACUCACAUGUGGAAUAGCACCCCGGCCCGCCGGGGUCGCCGGCUCUCUGUGGAUGGCCCUAUGACAUUUCUAGGAGGCAAUCCCGUCAAGUUCCCAGAAAUGUUCCAGAAGGAUUUGGCGGCCAGGUCAGGAAGUGGGGAUCCUUCCAGUUUCUGGAAUCAGUACGCAGCCGCGCUUUCCAACGGGCUGGCGAUGAAGGCCAACGAGAUCUCUGUCAUUCAGAAUGGGGGCAUUCCUCCAAUUCCUGGAAGCCUGGGCAGCGGAAGCAGCUCACCUAUUAGUGGGCUGACGGGAAACCUGGAGAAGCUCCAGAACUCAGAGCCCAGUGCACCCCUGGCUGGCCUGGAGAAGAUGGCAAGCAGUGAGAAUGGAACCAACUUCCGUUUCACCCGCUUCGUGGAAGACAGCAAAGAGAUCGUCACAAGUUAA